AACUGUGAGCGCGCUCGCUAUUAGUGUGUUUUUUCAGUAGUUACGUCGUCAUCGAUCGAUCAGUAUACUAACUGCGAUGGCGAGUGGAAAGCGUAUUAAUAUUUUUGAGUUGUGCAUAUUUUUUUUAUACACAAAUUUAGAUCGCGGAGUUCUUGGGCAAUAUCCAUAUGAUUAUGCGGGAAACAUAACAGUACUGAACAUUUCUGCAAACACUUAUGAUCCCAACAAUUCAUAUUUUUGGAUUGAUGAUCAAGCUGUGCCAAAUGAAAGCUUGUGGAUACUGAAACCCGUCGGUCAAGAUGCAUCUGAUAAUCUUACCAUAAAUCAAUAUUCCAAUACUGGAAAUGGUAAGGUCAGACAAGGUGGGGAAUCUGCUAUUUGUUCAUUCUUGCAAAAUAGGGAUGAUCCGAGAGUACAGGCUGACCUAGAAGCCAGAACUAUAUUUACCAUAUUGUUUCCGACUCAACAAAAUUGUCCAUUAACAAAUACCACGAAUUUAGUGCCUGCCGGCUACUCAACCGUAUUUAAUUAUGACGGUGAAGUUUCAUGUGAUUCGUGGAUAUACGUACUUGAAAUUCCCGAUAAAAAUAAUAAAGAUAGUCCCUACCUGACUGUAACAUUGCAAAUCGAUAUGGAAAAAAUAUACAAAUGUGGUGAAUCUAUACCGGUUGAAGUUGUUCCACCAAGUGAAUCGGGAUCCAUAGAAAAUCAAGUAUGCGAUAGACUUAGCAGUGACGGAUCAAAUUUGACCCUUAGUUUAGUAUACGCUACCGGAAGAGAUAACGAAUAUAUGGUAACUCAGGAUGUAAACAUAGCAAGGAAUAAAUAUAAUAUUGACGUUCUUGACACUUUCGACCGAUUCUUUUUUAGCAAUUAUUUCAACAUAUUUUUCUUUACGAAAAACAGCAUAGACGAUGAAAGUCCUCAGUUAUUAUAUACGAACUCAAUAUGUAACUUAAUACUAGGCUCGUCAGAUGAAACAGAGUACCCACCUGGUUUUUUCCCGUCAGUAGUUACGCGCAUGGUAUUUCCAGAUAGAGACAGUUGCAAGUUUGAGAACAAGACAACGCCUAUAAUUGCUAACCAAACAGUGAUAGAAACACCCGCUCUAAACCCAGGGAUAACGUUUCCCGAUAUUCCGAGAUGGUACUUGCUUGUAAACAUUGUCCUCCAAAGAAAUAUAAGUGAUCCAUUACAUGGGUACAUUAUACAGAUUCUAUACGCCGUUGACCAAGAUGGUUUGGAGAACUCAAAAGAAUGUAUACCGCCAGAAAAAUCUUCCGAAGAAGUGCCGACCACGCCUUCUACAAUUUCGAAUCAAGAAUCAGGAGUGCUGACGACGCCUCAUACUAUUUCAUCUGAGCAAGUAUCAUCCCCAGAGACUGAGAGUAGUGCAAUUUCCCAAGAAGUGCCGACGACGCCUUCUACGGUUUCGAAUCAAGAAUCAGGAGUGCUGACGACGCCUUCUACUAUUUCGCAAGAACAAGUAUCAUCACCAGAGACUGAGAGUAGUACAAUUUCCCAAGAAGUGCCGACGACGCCUCCUACGAUUUCAAAUCAAGAAUCAGGAGUGCUGACGACGCCUCCUACUAUUUCGUCUGAGCAAGUAUCAUCCCCAGAGACUGAGAGUAGUGCAAUUUCCCAAGAAGUGCCGACGACGCCUUCUACGGUUUCGAAUCAAGAAUCAGGAGUGCUGACGACGCCUUCUACUAUUUCGCAAGAACAAGUAUCAUCACCAGAGACUGAGAGUAGUGCAAUUUCCCAAGAAGUGCCAACGACGCCUCCUACGGUUUCGAGUCAAGAAUCAGGAGUGCUGACGACGCCUCAUACUAUUUCAUCUGAGCAAGUAUCAUCCCCAGAGACUGAGAGUAGUGCAAUUUCCCAAGAAGUGCCGACGACGCCUUCUACGGUUUCGAAUCAAGAAUCAGGAGUGCUGACGACGCCUUCUACUAUUUCGCAAGAACAAGUAUCAUCACCAGAGACUGAGAGUAGUGCAAUUUCCCAAGAAGUGCCGACGACGCCUCCUACGGUUUCGAGUCAAGAAUCAGGAGUGCUGACGACGCCUCCUACUAUUUCGUCUGAGCAAGUAUCAUCUCCAGAGACAGAGAGUAGUGCAAUUUCCCAAGAAGUGCCGACGACGCCUCCUACUAUUUCGUCUGAGCAAACAUCAUCCCCAGAAGCAGCGAGUAGAGCAAUUUCCCAAGAAGUGCCGACGACACCUCCUACCGUUUCGAAUCAAGAUUCGGGAGAAACUAUACCUGGUCAGGUGGUUUCGUCUGAACAAGUAUCAUCCGAAAUUGAAUCAAGCAAUAAAAGUAAGUCCUCUGAAUCAAAAAAUAGUACAUCAUUGCUAGGUGAGGUGGAGCAAAAAGUCGAAGGUGGACUAUCUGAUGUAACACAUGCAGUUGAAGAUGUAGGAUAUUACAGUAUCCACGUACCUCUAGAUAUCAUAUCUUGGAUUUUAGAAGCAAUAUACCGUAUAAUAUAUGCAACAAUACACGGAGUAACCAGUGGAGCUCACAGAGUGGGAGAAGGUGUGGAAUAUACAGUGGACGGUACUGCUGAUGCAAUCGAAAAAGUAAUCGAUACAGUGGAAGACUCUAUCAAAGAUGUAUACAACACUACGAAAAACAGUAUCGUAAACACGAUCGAUACUGCCGAAGACGGCUACGACGAUGUAAAAUCAGUGAUAGAAGGUUUUAUCGAUGAUGUAAGAAACCUGCUCGAAGGUACUUUACGUUGGACAAGCUUUAUUAUCCGUCACCCGAUAACUGGGACUGAGGAUGGCAUAAAAGAUAUUUUCUCUGCAAUUACAAACAAAAUAGAAGGUGGUUUUUCAGACGUGGAAAGAUUAGUAUCUGAUGGUGUAAAUGACAUCGAAUCAGUUGUAUCUAAUGCUGUAAGUGGUGCGGAACACGGCGUCUCGUCUGCUAUUUCUACAGUAAUAAAUGGAGUGACUGAUGUAGUGAAAGAUGGCAUUACGGGUACAGAAAAUGCUGCUAAAGAUGUAUAUAAUGGAGCCAAAGAUGCGGUUGAAGGAACUAUAAAUUUCGUUGAACAUCCAAUAGAUGGCACCGAAGAUAUUAUAAGCGGAAUAAAAAAUUCCAUCACUAAUUUAGGCGACAAAAUUGUAGACACUAUAACUGGAUCUAGCGCUGAAAAUUCUAGUGAGUCAGGGGCUGGCAAUCAAGUUGCAUCAGAAGCAUCGGAUGGUAAAGGAUCAGAAUCCGAAGUGGGAACUACCAAUAAUUCAGAUACGUCCAAAAGCAAAGAGUCAAGCACAUUAGCUUCUGACGAAGACAAAUCAGAAUCAUUAGUAGGAAAAAUAACAGAUACCUUGAUAGACACAGUUUUCAAUACAAUUAAUCUUCUGAUUGAUGCAGGCUCGGAAACUAAAAGCCUAGUAUCUAAUGCAUUGACUGAUAUCACUAACGAAACGGAAACUGUUGGUUCUCGAGUUAUUAAUUUAGCAGAAGAUGGAUUUUCAGGAACUGGAUCUAUCUUGGACGAUAUAGUUCAUAAAAUUCAAGUCACUUUGUCCGGAGCUUUGAAUCAUGUAAAUCUUAUACUUCAUAGUCCUGUGUCUGGAAUAGAAGACUCUCUAUCUGCUAUGAUUUCUUGGAUUGUAAAUACAGUUUCCGAAUUAGUUUCUGGAACCUUCAAUACUGCGAGAAAUGGCGAAAGAGAUGUACAAAAUGCAAUAACAAAUACGGCCGAUGAAAUCGGUAGUAUGGGCGGUAGCUUGAUAUCUGAAACUGUCGGUGAAGUUGAAAAUUUGACGUCAGGUCUCUAUAAAACGGUAUCUUUUGUCUUGUCGAAUUUGACAAACGAAAUAGAAGAAAGUACCGGAAAAGCAGCCAAAGGAUUAUUUAAGAGUAUAAAUAAAACAGUGAUGCAAACAAUACCAGACGACAUAUUUAACACAAUUUAUGAUGCAGCAAACGACACAACUGAGGCUGUUAUCAAGGAUUGUCAAUGGUUCGACUUAGGAGUAACGAAUAACUGCAUCUUUUAUUAUGCGUAUGAUGCUAUUAAAAUUCCGAUCGAGCUCGUGAUUGAUUCAAUUAGCGAGAUCAUUUCAUUGGUCACCGAUGCCGCACUUCUGCCAGUCACUCUGCCAUUGGAUUUAGUCGAAGCUCCAGUCAAUAUACCAAUAGAUAUAGCAGAACUGGCGGUAUCGAUACCGGCCGACAUAGUCAAAUAUGUAACCGAGGCCGUUACUGAUAUUGGAGGGCCUAUCGUGAAUCUCGUGGGUGAUGUAACAAAUUAUUUGGGAGGCAAGCUGUCGAGCGGAGCAAAAGAGGCCGAGUCCGUUGUUAGUGACGUGGGAGGCCGGAUUUUCAAAGCGCUUAAAAAGGGAUUUAAAAUGUAUCUUUAAACAAAAAUACAUUUUUUUAUGUUUGUAUUAAUAGACAGCUUAGGUACAUGCGAUUGGAGAUGCAUCACUUGAAAGACGAGUGAAAUGUAACCAAUGGAAAUAUCAAUUUUUGUACGCAAGCAAUUUCCAAUUAAAAUGUAUAGCUACAUGAUCGUAUGGGUCGAAUUUUUGUAUCUCGAUUAUGUAUUUACGAGAAUGAAACGCAGAAAUGAGUUGUUGUAAAAUCGGAAAUUCCUUGUAAAUCAAAACGCAUCGAUGAACAAAGAACAGAUUGUUUGUACGAAGACACAGUUUGUACAAAUAAAAAAUAGUUAAAAAAAUCA